AUGGCGUUUGAGUGGACGCCCGCGUGUGAAGAAGCCUUUCGGCACUUCAAGGAAAUCCUGGCGGCACCACCCGUUCUCGGGAAGCCAAAGGACGGAGAACCGCUAUACCUGUACCUCGCCAUAACAAGCGAAGCCCUGGCCGCAGUUCUAGUACGGGAGGACGGGAAAGCUCAACAACCAGUCUAUUUCAUAAGCAGGGCCUUGCAAGGGGCAGAGUUAAGAUAUAGCAAGUUGGAAAAGCUAGCCUUAGCACUUCUAACUUCCUCACGAAGGUUGAAACAAUACUUCCAAAGCCACCAAGUUGUCGUCAGAACGGACCAAGGAAUCCGGCAAGUACUCCAAAAACCCGACCUGGCGGGAAGAAUGAUGACUUGGUCCAUCGAGCUCUCCCAGUAUGACAUACGGUACGAGCCCCGACAAGCCAUUAAGGCACAGGCGAUGGCGGAUUUUCUAGUAGAAGUAACGGGAGAUCCAAGCGAAGAGGUGAGUACACGGUGGAAGCUCCAUGUGGACGGAGCCUCCAACCAGACCUUCGGAGGUGCCGGGAUCAUCCUGGAAAGCCCGGUUGGGGUUGUAUACGAACAGUCGGUCAGAUUCGAGUUUCCCAUCUCAAACAAUCAGGCAGAAUAUGAAGCCCUUAUAGGAGGCUUAACUCUAGCAGCAGAAGUCGGGGCAAGAAGACUAGAAAUAUGCAGUGAUUCCCAGGUCGUCACCUCCCAAGUAAACGGCAGCUACCAAGCCAAGGACCCCUUGCUGCAAAAGUACUUGGAAAAGGUCAGAAGCUUGAGUCAAAAGUUCGAAGAGGUCACAGUCCAUCACGUCCCUAGAGAAAGGAACACACGGGCAGACCUCCUAUCGAAGUUAGCUAGCACAAAGCCGGGAGAAGGGAACCGAUCUCUCAUCCAAGGCAUGACGAGAGAACCAGCAAUCACACUGCACGUGACAAGCCUAAGUUCUUCAUGGCUAGACCCCAUCACCGACUUCCUAGAACACGGCAAACUCCCCAGUGAUGAAAAGGACGCGGCAAAGUUGAGAAGGGAAGCGGCCAAAUAUGCUGUCAUCCAAGGGCAGUUGUUCAGGAAAGGGCUCAACCAACCCCUGCUGAAGUGCUUACACCCCGACCAGACGGACUACGUCCUAAGGGAAGUCCAUGAGGGCUGCUGUGGGCACCACAUAGGGGGCAAGGCCCUAGCGAGGAAAUAA